GGCCGAGCACAUCCGCGCAUCGUUUUGGGCGGCCAUGAUGCAUUGUAGAAGCGAGUGUCCGGUACAAGUUGAAACACGGAGAUCGUAGUACGUGUGCGUCACUGAAAGCCUGUAGCGAGAGCGUGGUGAUAGUAAGUCGCAGUUGUCUCAUCUGGAAGCGUCAGACCGCGAAAGUCUGCUCGUUGUAUCGUCACCCUGCGCUAGCCCUCCUGCACGCAGCAUGGUGAAGCGCAAGAACCGGGUGGUGCUGGAGUCCAGCAGCGGGGAAAGUGACAGCCCCGACGACUUGGACGGUGAGCUGCUGCUUCUCGCCAAGAAGAAAAGGUCCGAGUCGGAGAGCUCGCCACAGAAAUCGCAAGCCGACGAGGGCUCCAAACCCGGUGGUGCGACCGCGUACAGCGACUCUGAGACGUCGGAGAGCGACGACGACUGGACCGUGGACGGCAAAGGUGGCGCCAAGGCGCGCAAAGGCAAGCUGUCGAAGAAAACGGCUCGGAAGAACCGCUCGUCGGGUAGUGAGGCGGAGAACAAAAGCGGCGCGUCGUCCUCAUCGGAGCCCGAGGAGGGCGAAGUUUCGGACUCGGGCGGCGGUUCCUCGGCGCCGGCCGGCGGCAGCGGCAGCGAAGACGACGAUGACGACGAUCCCGAAGAAGAGGAAUUCAACGAUGGCUACGACGAGAACCUCAUGGGCGACGAGGAAGAUCAGGCGCGGUUGGCACAGAUGACGGAGAAAGAACGCGAGCAGGAGCUCUUCAAUCGCAUCGAGAAGAGAGAAGUGCUCAAGACGCGGUUCGAGAUCGAAAAGAAGCUCAGGCUGGCCAAGCGGAAUGAGCAAAAGCGCAAGGCCAAGAAGGAGGAAGGCGGCUCCGCCAGCAGCAAGGGCGGCGACAGCGUGUCGGCCAGCUCUAGGUGCAAGGAGAGGCGCCGCAUGGUAGAAGAACGAAAAGACAAGCUGGACAAAAAGGCGCAGGCCAUCAAGGAUCUAAAAGCUGAGCGCGAGAAGAAACGAAAGCUUCAGGAACAAAUUCAGAAGGAGGAGGAAGAAAAGCGCAAGUCGCAGGAAGAAGAGGAGGCCCAAGCACAGACGACCAGAAAGCUCAAAGCCAGUGACAUCUACUCGGACGACGACGACGACGAUGCCUCGGACAGAGAUGAGGAUCAGGAUGACCAGGCUGGAGGCGACACGUCAGAGCGCCGGCGUUCUUCUUCUUCUUCGUCCUCGUCAUCUGACGACGAAGAGCCAAAACCACAAGUAGCUGCGACGAAAGAAGAGGUUAGCAAGAUACGGCUGUCACGUCACAAACUGGAGCGCUGGGUGCACGCACCGUUUUUUGCAAAGACUGUAAUUGGUUGCUUUGUUCGUAUUGGCAUUGGCUCAAACAACGGUCGUGCUGUGUACAGGGUGGCGCAAAUUACAGAUGUGGUUGAAACUGCAAAAGUGUAUGCUCUGGGUCGUUGCCGCACCAACAAGGGCUUACGCCUGAAGCACGGUAAGCAGGAGAGGGUCUUCCGGCUUGAAUUUGUCUCUAACCAGGACUUCUCAGAAUCUGAGUUCUUGAAAUGGAAGGAAGUGAUGGCUCUCGAGGGGGCUUCAUUCCCCACCACAGAAGAAGUCACACGAAAGGUGAAGGACAUCCAAGACGCACUCAACUACCAGUACAAGGAGUCAGAUGUGGAGACUAUUGUGAGCGAGAAGCAGCGCUUCCAGCGUAAUCCACACAACUAUGCAGUGCGAAAGACUCAGCUCAUGAAACAGAAGGAGAUGGCAGAGCAGAAAGGAGACCAUGAAGAAGCACAGAGGUUAUCUGGAGAGUUGGAGCAGCUUGAGGAACGUGCCCGAGAGUUGGACAAGCAGCGUACAAGCACAAUCAGUGCCAUUAGCUACAUUAACGAGCGAAACCGGCUGAAAAACAUAGUUGAGAUUGAACGUGCCAUUCUGGAAGAAGCCAAGUUAAACAAGGAAAAGGCUGAUGACCCUUUCACAAGACGAAAGUGUGCUCCUAGUCUCGUCACAAAAAGGGGGCCAGCAGAGGCUAAGGCAGCUGCACCAGCACCGGUGAAGAAGCCAGAGCAGCCGCUGGUUAAUCCAGCUGCAGUUGAACCAACUCGUAAGCAACAAGAUCAGCAACCUCAUCGAAAUGAAGAAGACAUGUUCUCUGCACAUGAUUUUGACAUAAAAAUUGACCUGGACAUUUCGGUCUCCACGGCACCUUCGGCUGUGGCAAGGCCAUCAACAGGUGCGAGGCCAGCUGUUCCCAAACGUUCACUCAACCUGGAAGAAUACAAAAAACUGCGGGGACUUAUAUGACCCUCUCUGCAUUUGCGGCCUUUUGAAUGGCUGGCAACUGUCUGUGCCGUCAUUCAUGUUACUAUGCUGAGCAAUCAUCUUGAUCGGCCUUGUGGUGGCCGUGUGCGUAUUGCUUGGGCACUUGCACUCUUGUGUUGAGGAAUUAUUUGUGCCACUUGACUGCUGAAGAGCUAGUUUUUAUGCUAAUGCAAGCAUAGUUUCGUUGGGGGGAUUGUUGCUAGCGUCUGCGUGUAAAACGUGUUUUUACACUUAUCUCCUGUGAAGUUUUAUUCUUCAUUGCUAUUGUGGCAAAUCUUUAAGCACAUUGUGCAUUUUUGCUUGUUGUAUAUGUACACUGCAGGCACUUAAAAGAUAAUUGGACAACAGACCACUGUUGCUUGAUGCAGCAUCCAAUGCAAAUAUGUACAGUCAGGACAGUGUUGUGAAAAGCAUGAUAUCCAGCGAUACUGUAGUGGGACAAUACGUUUGUGAAGAAUCAGCCAUCGUGUAGCAACCUUCAUUUAAUUAAUGUACUAAAGCUUGUAUAAAUGAUAGGCAGCAGGUGUGGUUUGCCACUUUACAUGUAACCACCAUCGGCACUGUACAUAUCCAUUAAACUCUACGAAAUGUGGCACCUUGCCAGAGCAUGCCAGCAUGGCACCUGGCCCUAUACACUUAGUGUCUCGUUUUUUUUUUCAUCUUUCAUCAAUGUUUAGAUUAGACUAAACACUCAAUGCUGCAAUAAAGCAAAACGUGACUUAUCCA